GAAAUCGAACACUGAAUAGAGGAAGGCCGCGAGUUUGCGAAACGGUUGAGUUUUAGGUAAAGCUUCUUUACACUUUACCACGGCAUCGCUUUGUUUACGCGCUACUGAAUGUUUUCGAGGUCAUGAUGAAAGUGCUUCUUGAAUUUAACAUAUCAACACAUCGAUAGUGUAAUGAUGGGUUCAAAGCAAUUUGUGGCACAAGGAAUGUGAAUAAAUAGUUGCAAAACAUCUAUAAUAAAGGUGCUUGCACAUUAUUCACGGACUAUUUUAUCAGUAGGUAGUAGAAAAAGAAAAAUCAAUUCUUGAUCAUUAUGCUGUUGUAAUGUCUAUAGAGAAAGUUGAAGUUAGUAUCAUAUAGACAUGUGUGAUUCAGCAUUCAGGAUCAAGAGCAUCAUUAAUAGAGCGAAAAUAUUUAGCAAUUGAGAUCUAAACCUUACAAUGGGUUCCGUAGCGGAAGAAUUGAUUGCUUUGAACAAUGACACUGUGCUGAACUCAAUUUUUAAUUACAUCGGCCAGUACGUCGAUUUAAACUACUCAAUAUGGCUCUAUCGGCUUUUGACUCCGUUAAUGAUUACGUUCGUGCUACCCACAUUCUUUGUGCUAUUGAUCUACCUGUCUAUUUCGUUUCUUUAUGUAUACAGACUGCACAGCCGGUUUAUACUGCAAGUAUACAACGAUGGAGACUUUGAUUUCUGGGAUGUUGCACGAACUCUGGUUGCCGUGGUGUGGGAUGCUCAUGGCUGGAUUUUCCACGGUUAUGAAGUUUGCGGAAUUGAAAACCUGCCAGAGAACGGUCCUGCGCUAAUUAUAUACUACCACGGUGCAAUACCAAUAGAUAUGUACUAUUUGGUAGCUCGUGUCUACCUGAAGCGAUCAAGAUUAAUUUACACCGUUGGGGAUCGCUUCCUAGGCAAACUUCCAGGUUGGGCCUGUUUAGCACGUGUAAUGAAGAUUAGUCCAGGCACGGUGCAAUCUUGUGCAAAUGUGCUAAAAGAAGGUAACAUGCUAUCAAUUGCACCUGGAGGCGUAUACGAGGCUCAAUUUGGUGACAGCAACUAUGAAUUGCUGUGGCAGCGGCGCGUAGGAUUCGCCAAAGUAGCCAUCGAGUCAAAAGCGCCCAUCAUUCCAAUGUUUACUGAAAAUCUACGCGAAGGAUUCCGUUCAAUCGGAUUCGCAAAGCGAUUGUUCAUACGACUUUACAAUGCAGUCAGGUUUCCAGUUCGGCCGGUAUACGGUGGUUUCCCUGUGAAAUUCCGUAGUCACCUAGGCAAACCUAUUCAUUACGAUCCUUCACUAACGCCGGAACAGCUACAGGAAAAAGUAGCAUAUGCUAUUGAAGAACUGAUCAACCAGAAUCAACGGAUACCCGGCAGUAUUUUGCAUGGACUGAUGGAUCGCUUUAUAAGCAAGCAGAAGAAAUAUUAAACAAACAUGUAUAGAAUAAGGGGAUAAGGAACAAUAUCACAUUGUAUUCGUACUUAAACACAUCUUUAAAAUAAAAUGGACGUUUUCGUU